AUGACUGAGAGUGAUGAUUCUGAGGGGGAGGCUGAAAAGGAGAAAAGCAAGCCUAAGCCAGUGAAAGAAAAGCCAAAUGCACCAAAGAAAGCAGAGAAGAGGAAGUUAACGGAAAAAAAUGUGACUGCCAAGAAGAAGAAAAAGAAUGAAGAGGUGUCAAACGUGCCAAAGCAGGAAAACGAGAAGGAAACCUCAACCAAACCCUCCAAAAAGAGAAAGAGGAAGAAGAAGACCAUUACAGAUGUGCUGGCCGCCUCUGACCCAAAACCAGGCUGUCCAGCAGACCUACAGAACUUCCUCACUCAGUUCUUCUCAGACAAGCGCUCUGUAAUCGAGCAGGAGGAGCUGAAACUGCACGAUUCUUGUUUUCUGACCUGCAACGACCUGACACACAGCCUCUCAUCCUAUCUAAAGCACAUUUGUCCCAAAUGGGCCAAGGUUCAGAGACAACACACAGAAAAAGGUUCUGUGGUCCUGCUCAUUGUCUGCAGUUCGGCCCUCCGAGCCAUCGAGUUAAUCAAGCAACUGACAACUUUUAAGGGCGAAGCCAAGGCUGUAAAGCUUUUUGCAAAACACAUCAAGAUAGAGGAGCAAAUGAAGCUGCUGCAAAAGGGAGUCAUUCACAUAGGAGUGGGUACACCAGGAAGGAUCAGUGAUCUCAUUAAUAAAGAUGGAUUAAAUUUGCAAGCGUUGCGUUUUCUGGUUCUGGACUGGAACUGGAGAGACCAAAAGAGCAGGAGUCUGAUGGGUAUUCCUGAGAUCAAACGGGACGUUUUUAAGCUGUUGGAGAGCGGGAUCCUCGACAGAUGCAAAGCAGAUAAAGUCAAAAUUGGACUGUUUUAA